UUUGUGUUCCCUGGACAAAAUACUUGAACAAUCAGUACUUCUUGUUGAACUUACAUUCAAGAGCUAAUUUCUCAUUGUUUCUUAGCUCCAUACUUUUAGGUCUAUGCCGAAGAUCAAUGAUGUUCACCAAAAUGAAAUUUGUUUGUUUCUUCUAGGAGAUUCUGCAUCUUGAUAAUGCAGAGGGGAAGACAGGGAAGGGAAGAUUUCUUCAACAUGGGUGACCCUUUUAGCAGUUACCGGGGGUUUGGCAGUUUUCCUACCCUUUUUGGUGGAAGAGAUCCAUUUGCCGAUCCAUUUUUCACACGUCCUUUUGCUAGCAUGCUCAAUACUGGUGUGUUUGGUCCUGGCUAUCCAAUUGAUGAUACUCCAUCCUCCAAUAAUUCUAAGGGGCUUGUCAUUGAAGAACUGAACUCUGAUGAUGAAGGAGGUGCUGAAAAUAAAGAAGAUACAAAUCACGAGACAAAUGGUAAUGAUGGGCAUCAAAGGCAUGAUGCAUCUAUCAGAGCACCGUCUGUUGAGCACCCAGAUGAUGAUGCUCAUGAGAACAGGAGCAAUGUUAUUUACAGGAGUGACAGGAGCAGGGUUGGUGAGAAGAAUAAUCGGGGUCGAAGUUUCAGUGUAGAGAGUUGCAAAGUCACCUAUGGUGGUGUGGAUGGAGCAUACUACACUUCCGCAAGAACUCGAAGAACUGACAAUGAUGGGGUUGUGCUUGAGGAAAGUAAAGAAGCAGAUGCAACAACCGGUCAAGCAACACAUAGGAUUUCUCGUGGUAUUCAUGAUAAGGGUCAUUCGGUCACAAGGAAGCUUGGCUCAGAUGGCAAGGUGGACACAGUGCAAACCUUGCACAAUCUGAAUAAAGAUGAACUUGCUGGUUUUGAAGAAGCAUGGAAAGGUAGUGGUAAUGGGCCAUCACCUGAAGGGAGCCAUGAUUAUGAUUUGCAGCAGAAAGCGGGUCGUGGCAGUGAUGCACAGAAAGGGAGCUCAAGCUCUGGAGGGUGGGCGCUUCCAUCUGCAGAUCAGAUAAUGAGGCCUGGCGGAAUGGUGCCCCAUUAUGCAGCAAGAUCUGCGCCUUCUUCUAAUGAGAGGACUAAAAAGGUGGUUAGGAUCAAUAUAGACUAGAUUACAAGAUCAAUUUUUGUUUCUUGUGAGAUUUGUCGUAUCUGAUCGAUUGUAUGUCGAAGCGAAGAACUUAUAGCUUCUUGUCAUGAUAUUUCUCCGUAUGCUAAUCAGCAUUGUAGCACUUACUAUUUGUACAUGUCAAACAAAUUUGAAAAUCCUUGCAUGUGUUUGAUCUC